AUGUCCGGAGCCGCCAAGAGGGUAGCUACGUCUUCCGUCAACUGGUCCAAGCUCGGUAAGGUUUUAUUCGCAAAUGACGACGUAAGAAAUGUUUCAGCUGAGCGCUUGGUCCCGGAGCACGCUGCCGAGCUCACCCGCGUCAAGGGAGUCAGUGGAACUUUCCAAUCCACCGUCAGCCAGCUCCCGGCCGAUCUCCCAAAGGUCGACUUUGCCGCUCUGAAGAAGGCUCUCCCGGCUCACUCUGCCAUUCUCGACUCGCUCCAGAAGCAGUACGAGGCUGUCAAGAUCCCAUAUGGAGAGGUUCCAUCCGAUUACUUGAAGGAGGUUGACCAAUGGGUUGAUUACAACAACGCCCGCAUCAAGCUUCACGACAUCAAGGUCGCUGACGGACUCCAGGAGGCCAAGAAGGUAUGAUAUUGGAAUAUUGAACGAGUCAGUUCAUUUUUGUUUUUCUUUCAGGUUGAGGAGAAGUGGGCCAAGGCUCCACCAGUUGAACACUUCGACCGUCAACACUUUGUCGAGUACUUCCCAGCUCACUUCUACGAUCUUCGCUAUCAGAACAGAAUUCCGGAUCCAUGCAACAUCGGACUCAACGAGACUCCGGAGAUUGAGAACAGAUUCAAGGACUACAAGGUAAGAAUGAGUGUUCGCAGCUGAUUCAUCGUUUUAUCAACUUCAGGUUCUCCGACGUGCCGACAAGGUCGACGACCAUUAA